AUGGUUGCAACUGCCUCCCCUAAAUUUAAAGCCCCCUCUCAUCAUGUUCGUUCAACUAGUUUUCCCUCCACAUCUCAUCCUCUUACCCUUGCUGUUGAGGAACGGGUGUGCAGAUUAAGGGCUUCUGAAGCCCUGUCUUCAACCUGCAGCUCCUGCUCCCCCUCAUCGUCACUGCAUCACAACUUGACUGCUCUCCACGAGCUUUGUGAGUGUGUUGACAAUUUGCUUCAGUUGCCAAUCACCCAACAAGCUCUCUCACAUGAACAACACGAGAAAUGGGUGGAUGAGGUCUUGGAUGGAUCUCUCAAGUUGUUGGAUGUGUGUGGCACUACAAGGGAUGUUUUGUCAUUGACCAAAGAAUCUAUUCUAGACCUUGAAUCAUCUCUGCGUAGGAGACGAGGUGGAGAAGCUGGUCUGUCAACUGAAUUUGUUGCUUACGCGAUAUCCAGGAAGAAGGUGAAUAAAUUGAUCCAGAAAUGUCUCGGUGGCUUGAAGAAGAUGGAGAAACGCGGUUUCUCUGCUCUGUUUGAAAAGGACGACCACGAUCUGGUGGCCAUUGUUAGCAUUCUGAAAGAAGUUGAAGCGAUCACAGUGACAGUGUUCCAGUCCAUCUCGUCCUUUAUAUCUGGGCCAAAGGCACAAGCAAAGCCUAUUGGUUGGUCUUUGGUCUCCAAAUUAGUGCAAACCAAUAAGCGCAUAACAUCAUCAGCAGCAAGCCAAGGGGACAAAGACGAAUAUUGCAAUGAGAUGGGGAGAUUAGAUGGUGCAUUGGGUGCUCUCAACUGUCAAACUCAAAAGUCGUCAUCGUCGUCAUUCAAAGGCAUUGACGCCGCGGAACUGCAAAAUGCACAGAAUCAAUUGGAGGCAGUUGAGAUGAGUAUCCACGGACUUGAGGACGGAUUAGAGUGCUUGUUCAGGCGUUUGAUCAAAAUCAGAGUCUCCCCUCCUCAACAUCCUUAA